UUAAAACAAGCAUGUUUGGAAGUUGCUAUAGGUAUCCAGUCAAACCAAUAAAUGGAGAUAACAUGUGUCCUGAUGUUCUAUUUGAUCCCAUAUUACCACCUCGGCGUAGGAGAAUGCUAGGAAGGCCUAAAGUAAACAGAAUGAAAUGUCCUAUAGAGAAGAAUGAAGGAAGGCAUACAAUUAACAAGACAGGGAUGUCCAUCUCAAGAUGUAGUAAUUGUCAUCAAGAAGGACACAACAAGAGGCGAUGUCCAUUGCUCACAGAAGCAAGUAUAUCAACUGUUGGUGAAGGGGCUGUUGAAGAAGGGGUUAGUCAAGAUGGGAUUAGUGAAGAUGGGGUCAAUGAAGGGGUUAGUCAAGAUGGGGUUAGUAAAGAUGGGAUUGGUGAAGAAGAGGAUGUUGAAGAAGGUGAUAUUGAAGACCACCAGGAGGAUGAAAUUGAACGUCAAGAUGAUGAGAUUAACCAUCAAGUAGAUGAAAUUGACCAUCAAGAAAAUCAUGUUGAAGGCCAUCAAGAAGAUCAUAUUGAGGAUCAUCAAGAGGGGGUUGUUCAAGAUGAAGCUCACCACAUUGAAGUUGUUCAAGAUGAAGCUAACCAUGAAGAGGCUGUUGACCACCAUGAACCUAAUUUUGAUGAAGUUCAUCACCAUCAGCAUCAACCUGUUUUUUUUCAGCAUUUUGUUGCUAACAAAAGGCGAUUACCUUCUGAGAGGAUCACAAAACUGAAGUUAAGGAAGAAGGUGGUAACAAAAGAUGGAAGUGGGGAAUGUCUUGAAAAUCCAGUCACUUUAAACUAG